UCCUAUCAUUUAUCUACUCCGAUCGAAGAAGCCGGUUCUUUUGGCGGUGUCCGCACUCGGAGGCAGUAUGACUUUUAUGUCAGGGCCAUCAUGCUAGAAAGCAUCUGUUGCUUGAUGUUGGUUAUCAACGUUCGUCCAUUCUUUCUCUGUUUCGUUCUUUGGCAUGUAGUGUUUUCAACGAUUUCCGGUUUUUCUCUGAUGCCUUCCAUAUGGUUGUAUAAUGUGCUUCUGGCCUUGCUAGUGAGAUAUUCAUAUGGGUAGAUGCAUGUAAGUAGUUCAUCGAUACGCUGAGCCUAGUCCCACAGGAGCUUCGGGAAUG